AUGGCCAAUCGACUCGUGGCGAAUGCCACAAUUCCAGCAUUCAACUGUCCGCCCGGCACGAAAAUGCACAUCCUCAACCUCGCCGUGCUGAACGUCGAUGAAGCUUGGAUCCUCACGGGCAACAAUGGCUCCACGGUCUCCCAACCCAACCCGCCCUCCACCCGCCACCUCAACAUCGCCUGGCCCGCGCCCGCCACCGACCUCUUCCCCCGAACCGUCUACAAAGAACACCAUAAGUUACCCGCCGCCAUCGCCGCCGCGGGCUACUCCAUCACGGACAUCAAAGCCGUCAUCAUCGGCCACCUCCACCUAGACCACGCCGGCGGCCUCGAGCACUUCAUCGGCACCGACAUCCCCAUCUACGUGCACGAAACCGAGUUCAAACACGCAUGCUGGGCCGCCGCCACAGGUGCGGACGCAGGUGUGUACCUGACGAACUACCUCGAUCUGGAGAAGUUGAAUUGGCAGACAUUUGACGAGGAUGUGUGGGAGGUGUGCCAGGGGGUGACGAUGAGGUUGAUGCCGGGACAUACGCCUGGGUUGUGUGCUAUGCAGGUUAAUUUGGAGGAGAGUGGGGUGUGGAUCUGGACGACGGAUCAGUUCCAUGUUAGGGAGCAUUUUGAGUUGAAGCAACCGCAGGGAUGGCUGACGAGGGACUAUAAUGCGUGGGUGAAGAGUAGCAAGGCGUUGAGGAAGCUAAAGGAGCAGUAUGGUGCAACGAUGAUCUUCGGUCAUGAUCUGGACACGGUGAAGGCGUUGGGAUUUGAGGAGAAGGUAUUCCAGUGA